AUGAAAACUUGCGUGCUCACCAUCAUUGCCGUGCAGAUUCUCUACUGCUCAGGAGUGCCAAGCACCAAGGAAGCUCUGAGAGCCUCAGUUAAUAAGCUGAAUGAAAUCUCCGACAUCACCAAUCUCUGUGGUAUCACCAGAAGAGGUGUAACAAAUACAUAUCGCACAGGUAAACUAUCCUACAGCAUGGAUUUAACGUUCUCUGUGAAAGAAACUGUCUGCUCCAAGAAUUCUGGGCAGGAAUUUGAUGAUCCCAGUUGCUCUUUCUGCUCUAAAAGCAUUGCGGAGAAAGGGUUUUGCAAAAGCCAUGUGGAAUUUUUUGCUGAUAAGGUAGCUGAUGUCGAUGUGGAGUGUGACGGUCUGAAGAUAGUUGACAGCGAGAGUGACUCGAAAGAAUCAAGUGAAACCAGAAUUGAGGCCCAAACCAAAUCAAAAGAGACAUCACGAGAGGAAACCCCAAAUGAAAAAGACAAAUCAAAAGAGACAUCUCUUGAGGAUUCAGCUGAUGUAGACAGCAAGUCAAAAGUGACAUCAGUCGAAGAGCCUUCUGAUAUGAAAAGCAAAUCAACAGAAUUAUCAAUGGAGGAGCCUUCAAAUGAACAAAAUAAGGACUCGAGAGCCCUGCACUGACGGUGAAAGAAACUCCACAGAGUCUGAACUCAAUGUGAAC